AACAAAUUUAUUAUAUUAAAUAGCCUGAUAAUUUUCACCUCGGCUCAAACACAAAUUCUUAGUUUCAUAAUUUUAUCCAGCGCAAGUAAUUCACGAUGAAUUGUUUUUUUCGUGUUGUUAUUUUACAAUUACUAUUGGUUAUAAGUGAAAUAGCGGCUUCUUCAUCAUGCGGUACUAAACCAAGUAAAGACAACAAACAAGCUGAUCUUCGUGCAGUCACAACUGGUGGCAAUGUAUUUACAAAAAAUUUUUUCCAGUCAAUUUCAGCAAACUACAUAAAUGAGAAUUUAAUAUGUUCACCAGUGAGUCUUCAAAUGGUCAUGGCAAUGCUUUCUGUUGGUGCACGUGGUCAAACAGAAACACAAUUGCGUUCAGUAUUACAUUUACCAAGUGAUAAAGCAGUCACUCGAAAUGGCUAUCAAUCACUCAUCGAUACUCUCAAUAGUUUUAAAAAAGUUAAUCUUACAUUGGCAAAUAAAAUAUAUUUGAGAAAUGGAUUUGAAGUAGAAAGUGAAUUUAAAAAAAUUAUUAAAAAUUAUUAUAGAUCAGAAAUUGAGAGUCUUGAUUUUUCUAAUGCAGUUGCUGCAAGUAACACAAUCAAUGCUUGGGCUGAAGCUAAAACUAAUAAUCUCAUUAAAAAUGUUGUUACACCAGAUACUGUUGAACAAGCAGUAAUGCUUCUUAUCAAUGCUGUCUACUUCAAAGGAAAUUGGAAAGUUAAAUUUGAUCCUAAAGCAACAGUUCCUCAAAGUUUUUUCACAUCAGCAAGUAACAGUGUAAAUGUUUCAAUGAUGCAAAAAACUAGCCGUUUUAAUUAUGGAGAAAUUCCAGAUUUAAAUGCUAGAUUUGUUGAAUUAGAAUACAACAGUACAAAUGCCGAUGAUUCAACUAGUAUGAUUAUUAUUCUUCCAAAUGAUAUCGGGGGUCUUCAAGAAACUGAGAAAAAAUUAAGUAAUACGAGCUUUGAAGAAAUUCGAAAACUUGGAUUUAAUUCUUUAGUUCAAUUGAGCUUUCCAAAAUUUAAAAUUGAAAAUUUAAUUAAUCUCAAAUCAGUUCUCAUUAAGAUGGGAUUGGCUAACAUAUUUAGUGACAGUGCUAAUUUGACGGGUAUAGCUAAAAGACCACCAUUAACAGUCAGUGAAGUUUAUCAGAAAGCAUACAUAAUUGUCAACGAAGACGGCACUAAAGCUGCUGCAGUCACAGUUGGAGGAGUUGGUACAACAUCAGUACAAGUACCAGUUGAAUUUAAUGUCAAUAGACCAUUUAUAUAUGCUAUUAUUCAUCGAGCUACCAACACUGUUCUCUUCCAAGGACAUGUCAAAUUGCCGAAAUAUUAAAAAGCUAAAAUAUAUAUUCGCAAAUUAUUUUUUUAAUAAUAAUUUUUUGUAAUUUUUAAACUAAUAAGUUUUUUCGAAAAAUUAUUGGAAAAAAAAGGAAUGAUGUUGAUGAUUUUGAUUGUAAACAAACAAAUAAAUAGAUAAAUAAUUAAAUAAAUAAAUAAAUAAAUAAAUAAAUAAAUAAAUAAAUAAAUAAAUGACUCAAACAAUAAAU